CAUGGGGAUAUAGGAAAGAGGUCAGCCUCUUGCUGCAGAAGGACAACUUAACUCCUGUUUUAACUCCUAAAAUUGCAGGAUGGAUUCUCCCCCAUCCUGUGUGCAUUUAACCUUGGAUUUUUAUAGAGGUGGUCAAAUCAGUUUUCAUAUUAGUUCUAUUUUUACUCUUUUAAAUAAUUAUAUUUUACAAUUAGUAGGUUUUUCAGGUAAUGAUGAUACAUGAGCUGUUAAUUUCUGUGGCUGGAAGAAAGAAAACAUCAGAAUAUCGCUAAAACUUUUCAAGCCCCGGGUGGUGGGGAUAUGCACACUUGUGUGUUGAAAUGCAAGAGACUUCAGCACAGUGCAGACUGAAAUGCAAGAGGGUUCUGCAGUGCUCCAGGCAGCAAGCUUUGAAUCAGGAUGGGAAAAAGACGCUGUGUUCCUCCACUUGAGCCCAAGCUGGCAGCUGGCUGUUGUGGGGUAAAGAAACCCAAAUUGUCUGGGAGUGGAACCCACAGUCAUGGGAAUCAGGCCACAACUGUACCAGGCUCCAGUUCAGGUCCUCUUCAGAACCACCAGCAUACAGACGGGAAUAAUGGAAGGGAGAACGUAUCUGACUUGACUUUGGGCCCAGGAAAUUCCCCAAUUACUCGAAUGAAUCCCACUUCAGGAGCUCUGAGCCCACUUACCCGGCCCAAUGGAACUGCCAACAGUACCAAGAACCUGGUGGUGACAGCGGAGAUGUGCUGCUACUGCUUUGAUGUACUCUACUGUCAUCUCUAUGGUUUCCCUCAGCCACGACUUCCUCGAUUUACCAAUGACCCCUAUCCACUCUUUGUGACGUGGAAGACGGGGCGAGACAAGCGGCUUCGUGGCUGCAUCGGGACCUUUUCAGCCAUGAAUCUUCAUUCAGGACUCAGGGAAUACACAUUAACCAGUGCACUUAAGGACAGCCGUUUCCCCCCCCUGACCCGCGAGGAGCUGCCCAAACUCUUCUGCUCUGUCUCCCUCCUCACUAACUUUGAGGAUGCCAAUGACUACCUGGACUGGGAGGUUGGGAUCCAUGGGAUCAGAAUAGAGUUCAUCAAUGAGAAAGGUGUCAAACGCACAGCCACGUAUUUACCUGAGGUUGCUAAGGAACAAGACUGGGAUCAGAUCCAGACCAUAGACUCCUUACUCAGGAAAGGUGGCUUUAAGGCUCCAAUUACUAAUGAUUUUAGGAAAACAAUUAAACUCACCAGGUACCGCAGUGAGAAGGUGACAAUCAGUUAUGCAGAAUACAUGGCUUCCCGUCAGCAUUGUUUCCAGAAUGGCACUCUUCAUGCCCCUCCCCUCUACAAUCAUUACUCCUGACACACGGCUGCAUGACCAGUCCCACCCCCCAGUUGCUGCCAACGGCUACGACAUCAUUGGGGCAGAUGCCUCUUCUUCCUGGUCCAGUUACUUCUAUUACUGCACCAUUUUAUGAUGCUAGCUUCCGUUGCCAAGUCUGCCUUCCAGCUGACCUGGGGGGAGGAUGAGAGCAUGACAGAACUUGAGGGGCCCAAGCCUUAUCUCAGCCUUCCCUCCGAAUGGGGGUUCAGUUGGAUUGGGGCUCCGUGUCUAGGAACUGUCAUGAGGUGCAGAAGACCUCUAGGAGUGGAAGUGCCACUUCAGAUUGAUCUGUUCUCGUGUGUUACCGACACUUUGGAAACUUGAGUUGUUUGUUGUGGAAGCCCCCCAGAUCAAGUAGGAGCAUUCCCCUGGCAGCCUGGGCAACGGAGUCCAACAAAACAUUUUUUUAGGUUAUUUUUAAUUUUUUUUAACCUCUGGUAUCUGUUGUGUACCAAGAGCUGAUUGCAGUCCCCACACAUCACAGGUGGACAUUAUGAUAUGGGGAGGGUUGAACGUCUGGAUAGCACCCCAUCCUCAUGGACAGAAAACUCUUAAAGAUGUGAAAAACUUUGGAUGGCAUUGUAGAUGAAUCCAUUAUUUAAGUAAACCCCAGAAGGUUUUAAUUCGCAGAUCCUACUGUAGGUUGGAUUCUCUAGAACUCCAUUUGGUUCACAGUUUGCGGGGUUUUUAGACAGUGCUUUGUAAUGUAGCCUGCUAUGAAACAGAAUGCUGUUACGCCUGUAAGAGAGCAAAAUGUUAAACGCUGUUUACAUGAAGGACCAGGUCCUUGGGUGGCCCUGCACAGUCUUCUCUGUUACUGCUGUUACUACUAAGUUUUGUGUUCAAAUGUUUGUAACGGAGCCUGACUGGAUUAGGGUUGGGGAGGGAUUUGCAGGGCAUUGCCUGUAGUCAUACCAGUGAGACUAGUGACUGAAAUUUGUUUAACUUAAGCAAACAGUCUCGGGGACCUUCCUUUUUAUAGGACAGCCACUUUCUCUCGGGUGACUAUGGAUCUUGAGAAUUGUCAGUAUUCCAGUUUAUAGCAGGACUAUGGAAUAAAGCUAUGUAGUUUUGCUGGUAAGUUACUAUCUUACACUGUUUAGUCGUUACCACAUCAAGGCAAUGGGGGGGGAGGGGGGAUCUGUAUAACCCAAAGUGUAUGAAACUCAUGUGCAUUGUGUAUUUCUUCUCCCGUCGUUGAUGAUUACAAGAAAUACUCUCUUCUAAGAGAAAGAUACAAGUUAUCCGGUUGUCAUUCUUCAGAGUCAUUGAGGGAUGUCAUAACUGUAAAUUAUGAAACCCCUCAAUGAGGUCACUGGAUUUAAAAAUUACAUUUGAUUUUUGCAAAUAUUUGAAGGGUCAGCAAUGAUGAGGAAAGAAAAUAUAAGUGCAUAGCAGAGUAAUGGCUAUUUGGUUGCAUAUAUCUUUGAAGUUUGUUUGUGUGUGGUAAUGAUGGCUUUUAAAGCUGGCUGGUGUUUAAGCCUGAAGUUCUGAUGAGUUCUCCCCUGGCAUUACAGGGGACAGGCUGGAUAGAAACCUCAAAACUGCAUGCUGCUGCUCCUUCUGGUUCUAGAGAAGUGAACAGAAUCCUGCAGUUUUGCUUCAUAGCGGUGUCGUGUUCUCCUGCUGCUGGGGAUACAGACGUGAGGGAAAGGAGGGGGUCCUAUUCUGGAUAACGGUGCAAUAUCGACCCAGCUUUCCUCCUGUACUGGGUCAUUCUUACAAAUUGCCACUUUUCCCUUGUGAUGUUGUUGAAAAGCAAUUGAAGAUUAAGGGAUUGUUUCAUGAUUUCCUGCUGCUGAGAAUAAAUCAGUCUUGUUACAAACUCGAGUGGUUUGUAAUUACUCUCCCAGGUGCCCUGGAGUGAUGGGGGAGGGUGGGGUCAGCUUUGGACAUACCACUCACCUUUCAGCUGUCAAACAGUAUACAUAGGGCUACACUCAUUAACGUUCCAAGUGUUCUAUGUUAGAAUUUAAUUUCUAAAAGGUUUUAAAAGAGCAAAAAAAAUGGUGCUAAAACUUCACCCCUGAGCACGCUCAGUGAGACUGGUCAUGCAGGCAUAUAGUGCCAGGCUUUUCAAUUCUAUUGUUUCUUUUUCAAACAUUUGCCCUGUUCUGUGUCUUCGACAGUGUAUAGUGUUUUCCUGAUUUCACUUAUUUGAAUAGGGGAUGACUAAGAGGUGGGGUGGGGAGGGUUAGCUGUCAUUUUUAAAGAACAGAAUUUUAGGAUUGAGUGACUUGGUUGGUUUAAGUCUGAAGUGGGCUGGAUGGUUUUGGACUGGGGAGGCGUUAUCCCCUUCCACUUCCAUUUCCCCACUCAGUCUGUUUAAAAAAAAAAAAAAAAGCCUCUAAAUAUGUACCAUGUUCUUGUCUUCUUGCAGUGAGAAGAGGAGCUAGCAGAUCAGAAAUACUGGUCUGCUGCCUAAGAAACAGGCGCUCUCAGCUUUAGUCCCGUAAGGAUCCAGCUAUAAAAUCAAUUGAAAAGUGUGUCAAUAGUUCAGCCAUCUCAGAAAAAUGUCUGACAAGGGAUGGGUGGGUCUCAGAAAUAAUCCCAUUUCUAGAUCAUUAUGUGGCGGCUAUGCAUAAGGAUGAAAAGUAAAAAAAAAAAAAAAAAAAAAAAAAAAAAAAAAAAAAAAAAAAAAAAAAGUAUUUUCAGUUGCCUAAAGAUGGAGGCAGCCAAAAUCAAUGACCAAUGCAAUUUAGGAAUUUCUCUGUGGUUAUUUAGCUGGGACAGCAGGCUAGAACUGUUCCUUCUCAAAGCAGUUCUCACCCGGUUUGCUCUGGAUUUAACUCAUCCUUAGUAGCAAGUGCCUUAUGGUCUAGAAGGGCUUAUUCUUAUGACAACCACAGCUGAGAAAUAAUCUUACUGCAAUUAUGAAUUGUCUUUGUUUUACAGUAAAUACAGGAGAAUGUCUUUGAUCACUGGAGUCUGUCAGUGUUGGAAUGUUUCCACUGUGAGGUUCUUAACCUUUUCUUUCUGAUGUUAAACAGUCAAUCUCAACUGAGGCCAUUUCACUUUGGAAAGGUUUUAUUGUCAAAGUAUCACAUAUCUACGAUUUAUAAGAACAAAAGUACUCUGUAAGAAAAUCUAAGGGUUCAUUUUAACCUUUGCACAGGAUGAUUUGUUUUCAUAGUACAUUAACAUCUGCAUUCUUCACUGACUAUUAGUACUGUUUUCUGUUUGUAUUCUGGGACCUACAUGUUCUUCUUUUUUUUGCGGGGGGGAGGGGAUUAAUUUAUUUUCUUAAAGCAGACCUCUUUUGACCUUCAGUGCAGAGAUGUCAGACCAAUUCUUUGUAUUACACUUGGUUGCCUCCUACCUAUAUAGUAACUUCUGAGUGUAAAUAAUUGAACUCUAUCCUCUAAUGAAGUAUUGUAGAGAAUAAAUCAUAAUGGAUAAA